GGCUGAGGUUGCUGGAUGGAGACCAUUGCCGAACGAUAUCGGAAGAUGAGCAUGGCAGACAAGGAGGCGGAGCUGGUUUGUGAUGAUGUUGAAGCCGAGGAAGAUUCCAGUGAGGUGGAGCGGCCAAUCUUCCAUGUGGUGGGCGCGCUAAUUACGGACAGGAAGAUUAAUUUUCCAGCAUUCAGAGAGACGAUGGCGUCGAUUUGGAGACCGGGAAGAGGCGUAGAGAUCAAGAAGAUCGAGGAGAAAAGGUAUAUUUUUAACUUUAAUCAUCCAGUUGAUGUAAAUCGUGUGAUUGAUGGGGGUCUUAUCUGCGUGUUAGAGCAUUGUAUUAAUGUAGAAGUAGAAACUUCUAUGAAAAGGGGCACAACUCUGAAAAAAAGGGAGUUGGAUAUUGGGUGGGUUUUCAGUAUGAGAAGUUACCUAAUUUUUGUUUUGUCUGUGGAGUCAUCGGGCACUCUGAGAAAUUCUGUCCGCUUAUGUAUGAGGAAGGCUUAGUUCUGGAAAAAAGGUUUGAUGCGUCACUAAGGGUAGGAGGUGGGGUGAAGACCAGCCCUACAGGAAAAAAUAAAUGGUUGGUU